AUGGAUCCCCUAGAAAGCCACUUCUUAAAGAAAUUUCUUCUCGAAAAACAAUUGCAUAAAGAGUUGAAGUUGAUGUGGAAGGAUAUGCGAGCAGUUGAUGAUCCAGAGAAGCUCCCCUUACUUUCGUUCUUUUUUAAAGAAUACGUUUCUACUUUUCCGUUUAUCACAAACAAUACUGAGAAACAGCAGCAGCAGUUUUGGCAGGAUGUAUUUCAAUUUGUGGAAAACUUUAACUCCAAGCAUUUCAGUACAUCCAAUGAAAGAAAUGGGCUGACCAAGAGAAGCCAAGCUAAUAAAAAGCUUCUUGGUGGGUUGUUAGUAUUUUACAAUUCCGUAUUGAUUACCGGUAAUGAAAUGGAUUACCUCACCGAACCUCAUUUGAAGGCAUCAGAUACUGCAAAGUUGGAUAAGUUUGAUUUCCAGAAGAAAAAGAACAUAACUGUGAUUGGAAUGAAUCAGUAUGAUCGAAUGAAGUUUAUCAAUGGUAUUUACAUCAACAUUGUUGCAUUGAGGAAAGUUGAGGGUGAACAAUCGUGGUUCUUCACAACCAGUCAUCAUCACGAUUUCAUCAUUCAGGUUGUGAGAAAGGACAAUCUCGAAACCAGUUUCAUUUGCAAGAGUCACAACCAAUUGAGCAAAUUAGAACACGAUUUGAAGAAGGAGCUACCUGGGGUAAUGCUGACCUUACAAGUCAAGCUUCCACACAGACCUAAAGAUAACGAAAACAGCAUUGAAACAAGUAGGAUGGCCACCAGGAGUUGGCUUAGACAAUUGGCCAACAAAAUGGAGGUGGCCGAGUCAUCCGUAUUUAGUAACUUUUUAUCCACCAAUGAAACAAAUUUAACCCCCGAAGAUGAAGAGGACUACAAGCACAGAAUCAAUCACGAAAUGGAUAUUUUGCGAACCCAAAUUGAAUUUCAUGAUCAAACUGCAAAAGUGAUGCAGGACUUGACUCACAACUUCGAAACCUUUAAGCAAUCAGUAACUCGAGAAGAUGAUGCGGUAAUGAGUCUUUUUAAAGAAAUUGGAUCCCUAAGUAGUAUCAAAGAGGCAUCGCCACUUUUGAAAACCUUCAACGAUUGGUGUAAGCUACAACUUGCGGCCAUAGUCUACCAAACAUUUCUCGGCCUGGACGACUCGUAUGCGAUAUUGAAAAAGACGAAAAAGUUUCACAGGUUGUUUCCCUACAGCUUGAUCUAUGCUAUUUUACGAUUUACAAACCCAAUGAAGAUGGUGUCGCGGAUUAUUGAUUUGUUAUUUGUGAAUAUACCUCGUUUACCCACGUGGAAUAGACAACUAGCUGAAGACUCGAAAAAUACAGGGGCAAGAAACUUGUUUUCCUUGAUUUUGAUAAUGUUAUUGAACGAAGAUUUAAACGGUUUUGGGAAGGAGCUAUACACGUUGAAGGAAAAACUAACUGGUUACGAGCUUUACAUGGAGAGGAUUGAUAACUAUGUCCACUUGCCGAACGAGGAGAUGGAAAAGGUACGACAAGAAGCUAGUGAGAACUUGGUGAUCACAACGUUGUCCACAAACCUUAUUUCCCCACCCGCCGAUGAAAAGUUGAAGCAAAUUCUAGCUUCUUUCAGAGGGGAGGGGGACUCGAUGUUAUACCUCAAUUUGAAACAAUACUGGCUCCUUCAAAUUCGCACUCGCGAUAAGCUCCUCUUCAAAGAGCUUUGGAGGCAGCCCGAGCUUAUAAAUUUGAUAAAAAGCACAGUGGACUACUUUUAUACUCCAUUGAUUAAGGUUUUUGCUAAAGCUAAAGUUCACAUCGCAUUUUCAGCUCUCGAGGGCCUAAACAAUGACAUGCUAAAGACUUUGUCCUCGAUCCAACGCAGCGACCACUUAAAUUCAACAGAAAUAUACCAAAGAAUAAAGACAGUAUUGGAUAAUCACGAAGAAGUUCUUUGGAACUUUAUCCGCGAUGUAUAUGUCAACGAUGACGAGAAAAUAUUCUUCAAGUUAAUAAUGUGGAUUGAAAGAUUUCUCACCUUGGUUAGAUUGAAAUUCGAAAACAAACAAGCAGUUAUGCUAGACAUCAAAGUGGAGAACGUCAAUCCACUAUUAAAAAAGCAGUUGCACGCUAAAAUUGACGCCACAUUGGCCAAACGAAAACUAUUCAAGGACUACUUAGAAGCAAAGAAUUCCCAGCGUGACGAAUUGGAAAAAGAUUGGGAAAAGAUGAAUGAUGAGUUGAUAGGAAGUACAACUGCUGACGAUUUUGGUGUAAAAAGCGAGGAUAUACAAGAUAUAAACAAUGUCACUUUGGAGGAAAACAUUCUAGAAUCCAACCAGACCAACCUUGAAAAAGAGUUGCUAGCAAAGUUGAAUGCGAUUGAUACAAAGUCCGACACGUCUGAGUUAGACAAGAUAGAUAUAAGCAAAGAGGUGAAGAUGACAUUACAAAGGAUUAGACAUGUAACUAGCGAUAUCUAA